AUGGGAGAAGGUGUAUAUAUAGAGGAAGCUCUUCAGGAUGUGUUAAAAGAAACGGAUUUGGUAAAUUUUGAACGAAAACUUUGUGUGGAAUUACAGUUGUCACGCUUGGACCAUUUUGAUCAUGUUACUGAUGAUGAAUUAAAAUCAUAUACGGGCCUUUCGCAACCUGCUAUUCGUCGACUACGAGUUGCGAUUGCAGAAAAGAAAAAGAAAAGUAAGAAAUCGAAAGGAAUUUUCUCGUCCAUUGGAAAAAAGGAAAGCCGUGAAGUUACGAAGGUUCUUGUACCGGCUGUAGGUACGACAGAGCUGUUGUGGAAUUUUCCAGAAAAUGGUGGUACUUCGCUGAUUAUUAAGGAAGAGAUAAAAUUAAUGGAACGGUUGGGCGAAGGAUCAUUUGCGGUUGUUAAGCGUGCUGUAUGGACGCCAAAAACGGGACGAAAAUUAGAUGUUGCAGCCAAAAUUCUGCGUGAUUCAACUCCAGAAAUAAUUGAAGAUUUGCAACGUGAAGUUACUAAUAUGCAAAAAUUAAAACAUCCAAAUUUAAUUCAGCUCUAUGGGAUUGUUUUUUCAAAUCCAGCUAUGAUGAUUGUUGAAUUUUGUGAUGGUGGUGCUUUGAUUGAUCGUUUACGAUCAACUGAAAAACCUGUAAUCUUGGUUUCAAUGUUGAUUGAUUACGCACAGCAAAUUGCGCAGGGUAUGGCUUAUUUAGAAUCGAAGAAUUGCGUACAUCGUGAUCUUGCAGCACGAAAUGUUUUGUUAACAAACAAUGAGCGCGUUGCUAAAAUUUGUGAUUUUGGUUUGAUGCGAAUAUUGGAAAACAAUGAAAGGCUUUACGUGAUGUCAACACAAAAGAAAGUGCCAUUUGCGUGGUGUCCACCAGAAUCUCUGAGGUAUCGGCAGUUUUCACAUGCUUCUGAUGUGUGGUCUUUUGGUGUAACAUUAUGGGAGCUGUUUUCUUAUGGCGAAGAACCGUGGGUUGGUCUUCGUGGAGCUGAGGUACUCACAAAAUUAGAAGCUGGUGAACGAUUACCGCGACCACAGCGGUGUUCCGAUGAGCUAUAUAAUUUUAUCUCGAAAUGUUGGUCGUUGGAUGCAAAUUUAAGGCCAAAAUUUAACGUUUUAAAGGGCAUUCUUUCCGAGAUAAUGUUUACGGUAGCUGAAUGCCGUGAAACCUCUACUCCAUCACGGGGUACUGACUUAGAGCUGAUUGUUAAUGAUCUUGUUAUCAUCAUUCAUGGAAGUGGUUUGAUUUGGUUUGGACAGAAUGUAAGAACGCGGAAAUUUGGUUUAUUCAAUCGUUCAUCGGUACAUUUGCGAAAUGAACGCAGUGGGGCUAAAAAUGCUGAACUAAUAAUUAAUCCACUACAGCAACAAAAUCGGAUAGAUACUUAUAUUUCUAAACCAGUACGAGGAUCAUUUAUACAUGCUGGACAUGGUGAUAUAAAUGCAGAACAAUCUUGGGGUCAACCAAAUUACAUCGAUGAUAUAUAUCUGAAAAAUCCUAUUUUGAGGAAAGAAGAAUCUAUUUAUGAAAAUGGUCAGAAGCAAUAUGGGCCGGAAAUAAUUCCUUCUCUUGUUGACUUAAAGCCACCUUUGUGGGUUCAGAACCAACCCAACAAGAAUGGAAUUGGUUCAUAUAUUGAUCCUUUCGCACCAUUCAGCAUUUACUCUUUCGACGGUAUGAACGACAAUGAAUCUCGUCAGCACAGCGAUGAUAUAACAAGAUUUUUACCGUUAUCUUCAUCAAAUUUUUACGAUGAACCACCACUGAUAUCAUGUUCGCAGGAUAUGAUGCAUCCACAAUCCGUCGAGCAAUUUCUGUCAUUGCCGCAACCAAUUCAAUCAACAUCUCACAUCGUAUCAUGCAGCCAAAUACAUCGGUCAUCAUUUUCUGGCACUGACAUUACAGUACAGCCAUCACUGCAAUCUCUCAAAACAGUGCAAUCAUCUUCUGCUUCUCAAUUGCCUUCCACAUCGUGGGAACAUUUCCAAUCUUCAUCCAACAUACAGAAUAAACCAGAAAUGCAGCGAACACUGAAUUAUCAGACAACUACCAUAGAAGGGGCAUGUCAGAGUACGAGUGAUAAAAGUCAGAUGCAAAACGGAAAAAUACCACCGCCAAGGCCAAAACCACCGAAUUUGAGACAGUUAAUGGUGAAUAAUGCUCAGUGGGAUCCGACUUCUCUGCUGGGAAAUAAUGCGUCAGGUACCUCUACUUCAAAUGAUGCUAGUCCACAUGAGAAUUAUUCAACUUCUGUGCAUUCUGAAAUAACUGCAUCUAGUACUUCCUACAGUCACGAUCCUUUCGAGAUUUCAAAGACUGUGAAAGAUAUUACUACUAAAGGAGGUUACAGUCAACUAUUCAAAGAUCUUUCCGCAUCUGCUAAAGCUGUUUCAGCUAAUUCGUUAAGUACGACUUAUAAGAUUGGAAUUAAGCAACCUUAUAACGCUAAUAAACUGCAAAGAACAUCAACAAUAUUUCUUGAUGGUGAACAGCCACCGAACAUCAGCUUCCUUUCAUCACCAUUAUCAAGAUCAACAAAAUCUCCGCUCGAUUUAGGAACAUGCUACUAUGCUGAACAAUCUGUGCUUCAACAACCUACUUUGUCAUCAACUUAUGGAAGUACCCCUGCUUUACUUUAUAACUCUCACAAUGUCCAGUUAAAUUUGAGUGAACCGAUGGCAAAUGAAGAAUCCCUUCCUUCGCGACAUGUAAGCAACAGUUCUGUUGUGAAUUCUUCAAAACAAAGGAAUUCUUAUUUAAGUGAUGAAAUUUUGGGUAUGUUUGAUCCACUAGUCGCAGAACGAGUAAUUCCUGCUUCCACAAAUAUGUCAACUUCAUCGAUAUCGAACUCUGAUCCUGUUAGCCUUGUUCUAAGAAAUGCGGCUUUUGCGGAUAGACGGCGAUGUGCGAUAAAACUUCAACGGUAUAAUAAUAACAUUGAAAAAGCCGUAAAUGAAUUAAAAAUCGAAGAAUUGUUAUCGAUGGGUGUAGCGCAAGAUAGAGGUCAAGCAAUCAGUGCAUUAGAAGAUUGUCGAUGGGAUAUUAAUGCUGCAGCAGCAGCAUUAAUAUCAUGA